AUGCCUGAAGAUUACAUGUCGAUGCUGCGGAGCCUACCUGAUGAGGAGGCAAAAGUCAAGGGACCUGCUGUUGGGGUUGCCACGGUUGACUUGACUGUCACAACCGGGCCGCCUCGUCAUCUUGCCUCUGGUAUUCUAUACGGUAUACCUGACAAGCCUGAUCAGAUUCCUGAUAGGUUUUAUAAAGAGAUCGGUUUUAAUUAUGGUCGAGGUGGAGGAUCUCAGCUUCCAAACACCAGAGGCUAUGCUGUUAGCAACGAAGAUUACAAGGCUCGCUUCUCAUCAGCGUUGAGUAAUUACAAGACAACCCGAAAGCACGGGGGAAAGUUUAUCUACCUUCUUCCUGCCCUUUGGGGGGCUGAUGGAGGCCAGUCUGAGAACUUUGAGUACCCCGGUGACAAUAAUGAUUGGACACGUUGGGAUGCCUUCCUGGAGCAAACACUAAAGAACAUCCAAGACUCUGACAUGACAGAUGGUCUUGUCAUUGAUAUCUGGAAUGAGCCCGAUUUAUCAUUUUUCUGGGGUGCUUCGAAAGAGCAAUGGCUUUCACUUUGGUCUCGUACUGUCAGGAAGGUCAAGGAAACACUCCCUUCAAUCAGGAUAGCAGGUCCAAGCAUAUCCGCAAUUCCAACCACUGCCCACGAAUGGUGGAACGGCUUCCUCUCUGAGUGCCUGAAGAACGAUACUCUCCCUGACCAAUGGGCGUGGCACAUGGAGAGUGGUAACGACUGCGAUACCAUAGCCGGGUCGAUGAAGACAUUCCAUGAACUGCUAGCCAAAUUCGAUAUCCCUCUGGACAGGGCGCAGGAUGUUAACCUCAACGAGUACGCUGUCUACGGCGAACAGGUACCGUCUGCGGGUGCCUGGUGGAUCGCAGGUCUCGAACGCGAAAAUGCUCAUGGGUUGAGAGGGAACUGGGCCAUUGCAGGCGCUCUGCAUGACUUCCUUGCUGGUCUGUUGUGCAAGCCGAACGCUGCCGACGGACAGUACCAAAUUGAAGGUGAAGGAUACUGGCCCACGGCAGAGUACCAAGUAUACAAGUACUAUGGCUCUGAUAUGACAGGCCAACGCGUCAAGACAACCCCAACCCCGGACAGUUUCCUUGAUGUCUACGCAACAAAAGACGCAAACGUUAUCCGCAUUCUUGCCGGAACUCGCUCCAGAUCUGGUGACUGGGCGAUCGAGGUGACAGGUUUGCCGGGAAAUGUUGAAGUUAAGAUUAAAACUUUGGCUUUCAAGGUAGCGGGUGAAGAUAAGCUCAAAAGGGUCGAUGGUCCUGAGCAUUUGGGGGAGUCGACGCAAGUUGCCGAAAAUGGUAGUCUGAGACUGAAAAUGGAGCAUGGAGACACGACGACUGCUUAUGCUUUUGAGCUCACGCUUCCGAAGGAAUAA